CGCCGCUGCGUCUGUUGUGAUUCGGCUGCAGAAAGGUUUGCGAGUUUAAGCAUUUAAAGGGAUUUUGAUUCGUUUCUUUUUCUAAAAACGACGUAUGAUCGCUUAAUAUUCACUGAAUGCGCAUUUUAAUAUCUUGGGCGAGUAAAGAAAUGCGUGCAACGUCGCGUGAAAGCAGUUUAGUGUAAACAGUUGAAGGCUGCAAAAAAAAAUUAUACAGAUUUCUUUAUCAAAAUCUGUUCCUGCGGCUCCAACACACUUUCACACGAGUUUAUAUUAAUUAAUUUUUGCGUUGUCACCUCAAAGAUGGCGUUUAUUAAAGAAGAGCGCGAAGACGUGAAGAUCGAAGAAGCGUUUCGAGUCAAACAAGAAGAUGCCGAGGAACAAACAGUCUCGCCGGCUUUGAAAGAGGAGAGUCCAGAAGAGGCUCGAGAUUUCACGAGUGGCCCUCCGACGUCUUCGCGAGCGGUUAUCAAAGAGAAGUUCGCCUGCUUCCGGUGCGGGAAGAGUUUCUCUCAAAAGGGAAACCUCAACGUGCACGCGAAGACGCACGCCGACGAGAAGCCGCACGCGUGCGCGCAGUGCGGGAAGCGCUUUACCCUCAAAGGGAACCUGACCGCGCACGUGAAGACCCACGCUGGAGGGAGCCCUCACACGUGCAGGCAGUGCGGGAACAGCUUCUCCCGCAGGGGGAGCCUGAAGACCCACAUGCGGCUCCACACCGGGGAGAAGCCCUACACGUGCCCGCAGUGCGGGAGCCGCUUCACGCGCAGGGGGACGCUCAACACCCACAUGAGGAUCCACACCGGGGAGAAGCCGUACGCGUGCGAGCUCUGCGGGAAGGGCUUCACGCGCAAGGAGAGCCUGAAGACGCACGCGAGGGUCCACACCAGAGAGAAGCCGUACGCGUGCGCGCUGUGCGGCAAGGGCUUCACGCGCAAGGGCACGCUCGACGCGCACGCGAGGGGUCACGCCCGGCCCCUCCUCUCGCGAGGCCGCGCCGGGGAGCGCGCGAAGCCCUUCGCGUGCCGUCACUGCGGGAGGAGCUUCGCGCUCAACGGAAACUUCAAGGUUCACAUGAGGAUCCACACCGGGGAGAAGCCGUACGCGUGCGAGCGCUGCGGGAAGGCGUUCAGGCACAAGGUGACGCUCGACUACCACGCGCGUGUCCACGCGAGGCCGGACGGGUUCCCGUGCCACCGGUGCGGAAGGAGCUUCGCCGACGGCGCGGAGCUUGAGGGUCACGUGGCCACGCACCGCGGCGACACCGGAGCGCGCGGCGACGUCAUGUGCCGCUACUGCGGGAAGGCUUGCGUGAACGCGGCGAACCUCGAGAUUCACGUGCGGGUGCACACCGGAGAGAAGCCCUACGUCUGUCUGCGGUGCGGAAAGAGCUUCUCGCGGAAAGGGAACCUCCAGACGCACCUGAGGCUGCACACCGGGGAGAAGCCGUACGGGUGCCUCCGGUGCGGGGAGAGCUUCACGUACCAGAGAGACCUGGACGCUCAUCUGCGAACUCACUCCGGGAAGAGCCCGCGGGCUCCCGAGCGGGACGGGAGGACCGGAAGGAGGGGUUUCGCGAAUCGCCCCGGAGGAAAGAGACUCGGUUCCGUCGAGCGCCGCCGCAAAACGGUCCCGCCGCAAGUUAAAAGUCGCGCGCGCGUGACGUCAUAUGUGUGUUCCGCGUGCGGGAAGGGCUUUAAAUGGCUCGGAAAUUUAAGGUGGCACCAGAAAAUGUGUAUUGUGAGAAAAACAGAAAAAAACCCCGAGACGCCACCGAGCUCGCGUAACGUUAUAAAGAUGUCGUUUAUUAAAGAGGAGAACGAAGACGUGAAGAUUGAAGAAGCGUUCGGGGUGAAACGAGAAGAAACCGAAACACAAACGGGCCUAACGUUUUUAAAAAAGGAAACCCAAGAACUGAAUAAAACGGAAGCGAAUCAGCCUGACGAGGAUCAGGACUUUGUGACCGGAGAACAAUCGGUCACUUACUCUCAAAAAAAGGGUCAAAAGACAGAAUCGGUCGGUUUUUUCACUUGUCGUCAGUGUGGAAAGACGUUCAAUCAGAAGCAAAACCUUGAUGUCCACAUGAGGAUCCACAACGGAGAAAAGCCUUUCAGCUGCCAGCAGUGCGGAAAGAGCUUCACUCAGAAGCAAAACCUCAAAGUCCACAUGAGAGUCCACACGGGAGAGAAGCCUUUUACCUGCGCUCAGUGUGGACAGAGCUUCACGCACAAAGGAAACCUCAACGCCCACGUGAGAGGCCACACGGGAGAGAGCCCGUACACCUGCAGGCUCUGCGAGAAGAACUUCUCGCGAAAAGAGAGCCUCAAGACUCACACGAGAAUCCACACCGGGGAGAAGCCGUUCGUGUGCGGUCAGUGCGGAAAGAGUUUCAGGUGCAAAGAAAACCUUAAUUGCCACGUGAAGAUCCACUCGAGAGAGAACCGCUGCGUGUGUCAGCGGUGUGGAAAGAGCUUCCCCGACAGGAGCCACCUUCGGAGCCACGUGGCGGCUCACGUCGGGGAGAAGCCUUUCAUGUGCCAUCACUGCGGAAAAACGUGCACGAACAAAGCGAUCCUUGAGAUUCACUUGAGGGUCCACACCGGAGAGAGGCCUUUCAGCUGCCCUCAGUGCGGGAAGAGUUUCACAAAUAAAGGGAACCUUAACAUUCACACGAGGCUUCACACCGGAGAGAAGCCCGUCACGUGUCUCCAGUGCGGAAAGUGUUUCACGUAUCACACAGACCUGAAACGCCACUUGCAAACCCAUUCGGAAAAGAAACCGUAGCGCGCCUCGGCGUCGCCAACGACGGAUGGGUUCGUCUCAAAAUAGCGCAGUUGAGCACACUUAUCUUAAAAAGGACAGAAGGAUGGGGUUUUUUUAUCGAGUACGAAAUUGGUAAACAUGGAGCACUUGAAGUACGUUAAGGAACUGGACUUUUCACACUUUCCUUAACUUGUGCGUUUGAUUCAGUUUAGUACAUUGAAAUUAACGCAUUGGAUAAGAUUCGUCUGGCUUUAAAAAGUCUGCAGUGUGAAUGUAGAAGCUAAACGAGAUGAUGUUGCCCUUUUAUGCUUUAAUGCUUUAGCUAUGGCUGCAGUCCAGCGGGGGUCCGUUCUUCGUACUUCGCUAACCAGGCUGGAUUUGAUCUGCGAUUUUCUCGAUCUUGGGUCGUUCUGUCCUUCGAAGCUCGUCCUGGACUUUCCUCUCUUGAAUCUGCUCUAAACUUAGUUUUCCAACAGCAGAUGGAUGUAGUUCUCUUCGAACCGUUAUUUUAAUCGACGUCUGCGUAAGGAACCAAAGGCGUAACUCUUUCUGAGAAAACACCUCGAUGUGAAGCGAGCGAGAUCCAGGUGACCUGCUGGUGUAAAGACGGCGUUUGUUAAAGAGGAGAGAGAAGACACGAGCAUUGAAGAAGUCAGACAAGAAGAUGCCGAGAACUGCUUUCCAUUCUCAAAGGAGUGUCCUAUGAAGAUCUGAUGGUGUGGAUGGAAAAGACGAAAGUGCUGUGUAAAACCGAAGAGGAAGACCGGGGAAAAAUCAAGACUUCUUCACGAAAAAGGGCUCAAAAUACAGGAACCGAAAGUUUCGCCUGCCAGCGAUGUGGGAAAAGCUUCCAACGGAAAAGGAAACCUUAAUUCACACGGGAGAGAAGCCCUUCACGUGUCCUCAACGUGGGAUGGGUUUUAUUCAAAGAGAGAUGCUCGAGAGUCACAUGAGGAUCCACACCGGAGAGAAGCCCCUUCACCUGCCGGCGGUGCGGAAAGAGCUUAAGCCAAAAGGGAAACUUCAGGGUCCAAGCGAAAAUCCACGUUGUGGAAAAGCCAGAGCUUCGAGUUGGGUUUCAAUGGCGUGAGAGCGGUGGCUAGCCGACUCCAUGCUCGUGCCUCAACGCGGUUUGGCUGGGCGACCGAUCGGAAUGCGCUCGAGAGUUCGCCAUCCUUGCGAACGUCGGUUCUGACCGCAUCGGUUCCCAAACGUCUCCGGGACGCUCGGCGGUCGCCGGCGGAGUGGGUCGUUUUUUUCGUCAGGGCUGUUUGCGAUGCAGACCGCGCACAAAUUAAUGCGAGCAUUAAUUGAGCAUUGAUGCGAAGAGUAUUAAAUAAAGUUACAUUUGCGAUGACCACAUGCUGUUAAUAGGCCCAAUCGUUUAAGAAAGAAGGAAGCCAAAGUUUAAAACGAUCGCCUUACUUUAGCCCGAUCCACCACAGUAUUUUUUUUUUUUUAAUUUGAGUAUGGUUUUUUGCAGGAAACAAAUAGGAAACGGACGUUUUAAAUGUCGUUGUUAUUCAAUCUUUUCGGAUUUCUCGUUCAGAAACGAACAAUGUUGAUUCAUCUAUAUUGAUCUAUAAUUAGUAAGCUGUAAGGAAAGUUUACCUUCUUUUAAUCACUUCUAUGAAAAGCGAUAUGAACACAAAAAGAUCGCCUCUUUUUUCCAGGCCUAUAUUCAAUACUCAUUCAAACUUUAUUCACUCGAAAGACAAAACUAACAGCUUGUUCAAGUAAGAUUUCCAUCCUUGAAGUACUGUUUGUUUCACAUUUGUUUUGUGUUUUUAGUCUAUCGCUUUUAUAAUGAUGAUGUUUUUUUUUAUUUGUAUUAUCUGUAGCUUAAACAUUUUUGUGAUUCGAA